AUGGGAGAGCUCACUACUUCCUUUAUCCCUGUGGACAUACACCCAUAUCCGGGAUCGCCGAGCACAGACUUUAUUCGCGCGACUGCGGAUAGGUCACACGUAGUUCUGGACACCUACACGUGUGCCAGGACCAGGCCUUUUCUCGGCAGAAUAGAAGUCUGCCGUUUGCUUGCCCCACACCUGCCUGCCAAGAUCAUUCCUGUAUCCAAAGAGGUGUUGGUUACGCUGUGGCUGCUGGGAAACAUUGAGUCAUUCCGCGGGGUUGCUGAUCGGUUUGACCUUGGCAAAUCGUCUCUUCACCGUGUUCUUUUCCAAGUCUGCAAUGCACUGAAAGCCAUAAGAGGUACUCUCAUUGCAUGGCCAACACGAGAUCAGCUUCCACAACUGGCUGAUGACUUUUUUAGAAGAACAAAUAUGCCUGGAGUAAUAGGAGCCAUUGAUGGGACUCACAUCCCUAUCCCAGGGCCGUCACAUGAAAGACAGGCAUACAUAAAUAGGAAAGGUUUUCCUAGCAUUCAGUUGCAAGCUGUUUGUGAUGCCAAACUUAGGUUCAUUAACAUUCUGACAGGUUGGCCUGGUUCUGUACAUGAUGCCAGAGUGUUUAGAAAUAGCCCACUUUACACUCUGUUGGAAAAUGGUAAUUUUCCUGAAGAUUAUCAUCUAUUAGGAGAUUCAGCCUAUACUCUGCAGCCUUACAUGCUAGUUUCAUAUAGAGACAAUGGACACUUGCUUCCAUGGCAGGUUAAUUUUAAUCAUAUCCACUCCACUUCAAGGGUUAUCAUGGAGAGGGCAUUUGGGCUUCUGAAAUCAAAAUUUAGGCGGCUACAGAAGUUAGAGAUGAUUGAUGUAGAAAGAAUCCCUUUAGUAAUAGCUGGUGCCUGUGUGAUGCAUAAUAUAAUUUUAAUGAAGGAAAACUUAAACCUAGAUUUAGAGAUUCAGCAGGACUUAAAAGUAAUUGGACAUGAUGUUGGAGAUGAUAAUGUUGCAGCACGACAAAUACAUGCUGCGGCAGUUCAGAAAAGGGAUGAGAUAGCCACUGGCUUGGCCAUGCACAUGUAA